AUGCCAGCUAGAACGCUGCCUAAUUUUGAAGACGACCCUCUCACCAAUGCCAUCAAGCCGCCGCCAGAUGAAACACCUAAAGAACGACAGCGCCGAUUGCGUUCAGAGCAAGCCGCGAAGGCCGUCUCCGAUUCAAUUGACAAGGAGUUGGAAUCACAACGCGCAUCCGAGAGGAAUGGGCAGAAGCCGGUCAAGAUUCUUCUGCUUGGUCAAAGCGAAUCAGGCAAAUCGACCACUUUGAAAAAUUUUCAGCUGCUUUACGAACCAAAGGCCUUUCGCACGGAAAGAGCGUCGUGGCGGGCAGUAAUCCAACUCAACGUCGUUCGCUCAAUCCACUUGAUUUUCGACGCUAUCUCAAAGGCAGAGAAAACCUCAUCUGGAUCCCAGGAUUUUGUAGUAGACCUGAUAGCUUCCCCCGAGCUUUUGAAGCUCAAAUUACGUUUAGCCCCCCUCCUUCAAGUCGAAGAGACCCUCAUUCGCCGUCUCACGCCGGCUGGAUCUAGUGAAACGGAGGCAACCUUACGAAUCGGGAGAGAUAUGUCGUACUCCGAACGCACGAAAAACUACAUGAAGGAGGUCACUAUCAACUCCGCUGUGCAAUGGAAAGGGUCGUUUGGACGCAGGGACGUAGGGCGCAGUAGCUUCGAUGCAGACAAGGCUAUGAAUUGGGAGGAUGCUGAUGACCCCGGUCGCAUCCUACACGCUUGUUCCGAAGAUAUGAUACGACUAUGGGAAGACCCAAUGACGAAGAAGUUCUUGGAGGCACAAAAACUUCGAGUCCGGGAGCUCGCCGGAUUCUUUUUGGAUGUUCUGGAACGAGUUACGGCUCCCCAAUACAUACCCACUGACGAUGACAUCCUGAAAGCGCGCUUGAAAACGUUAGGCGUCACUGAGCAUCGCUUUAUUCUUUCCGGGAAGAAUAACAUCAGCAGGGAUUGGCGCGUUUUUGACGUUGGAGGACAUAGAUCACAGCGAGCUGCAUGGGUCCCGUACUUCGAUGACAUGGAUGCUAUCAUCUUUCUUGCCCCAAUCAGUUGCUUCGAUCAAGUACUUGCGGAGGACCACAAAGUCAAUAGACUGGAAGACUCAGUCAAACUGUGGACGUCAAUCGUCUCGCACCCCCUUUUGAAGAACACCAACCUAGUCCUAUUUUUGAACAAGAUUGACAUACUGCAGUCGAAACUGGCUUCUGGGAUCAAAAUAGCCGAUUAUGUGGUGUCUUACGGAGACCGUCCUAAUGACUACGAACAUGCAUCGACCUAUCUGAGAAGAAAAUUCUCUGGUAUUCUGAAGGAGAAAUCGCCCCUUCCCCGCGUCUUUUAUUGCCAUUUCACGACGGUAACCGAUACGAAAUCUACGAAAUACAUCUUAUCCAAUCUUAAGGAUAUGCUUAUGAGGGACAAUCUCACCAAAACGAACCUUAUAGCCUGA